CAUUGUUUCCGGCUCCAUUCGGGAACCGCUGGAGAUCUUCUAGAUCUGGCCCGUGGUUUCGGACCCCGACGCUCCUGACCCUGUGUCUGUAUCUGAAGAAGGUAGUUCCCAGCAAAGUUCUCCAGUGUCCAGGCCCUGCACAUCGAGCAGGGGCUAUCCUUCGUUGCCCGCAGCCCCGUUCAGCUGCAAGCAAGUUUCUGGGCGUCAUGGCCAGGGGCCACCGCAGCCGGCCGGGUGUGAGGCUGCCCUUCGCUGCCCGCGCGCUCCCCUGGCUUCUGGGUCCGCCGGCGGCCGUUUCGGCCUGAACGCCCCUCCGCGACUACUAGCUGUCUCGCGCCGGACCUCAUGGCUUCGGAGGCGCCGUCCCCACCGCCGCCGUCGCCGCCUUCGGUGUCGCCGCCCGCCUCCCCUGAGCCGGAGCUGGCCCAGCUGAGGCGAAAGGUGGAGAAGUUGGAACGCGAACUGCGGAGCUGUAAGCGGCAGGUGCGGGAGAUCGAGAAGCUGCUGCAUCACACAGAACGGCUGUACCAGAACGCAGAAAGCAACAACCAGGAGCUCCGCACGCAGGUGGAAGAACUCAGUAAAAUACUCCAUUGUGGGAGAAAUGAAGAUAAUAAAAAGUCUGAUGUAGAAGUACAAACAGAGAACCAUGCUCCUUGGUCAAUCUCAGAUUAUUAUUAUCAGACAUACUACAGUGAUGUUAGUCUUCCAAAUAAAGUGACUGAACUGUUAGAUCAACAAGAUCAAGAUAUCAGAACGUCUACUUUGAAUUCCAAAGACCAGUUACAAAUAGAAAAUGAUGCUUACCCUGGUACUGAUAGAACAGAAGAUGUUAAAUGUAGACAAGAGGACCAUUUUGCCUCAAAUUCACAGGAGCCAGCAUCUGCAGUAGCAACAGAAGAUACGUCCUUAGAAGGCUCAUCAUUAGCUGAAAGUUUGAGAGCUGCAGCAGAAGCAGCUGUAUCACAGACUGGAUUUAGUUAUGAUGAAAAUACUGGACUGUAUUUUGACCACAGCACUGGUUUCUAUUAUGAUUCUGAAAAUCAGCUCUAUUAUGAUCCUUCCACUGGAAUUUAUUACUAUUGUGAUGUGGAAAGUGGUCGCUAUCAGUUUCAUUCUCGAGUAGAUUUGCAACCUUAUCAGACUUCUACGACAAAACAAAGUAAAGAUAAAAAAUUGAAGAAGAAAAGAAAGGAUCUAGAUUCUUCUGCAUCAAAUGAGGAAAAGGAUUUGAAUUCAGAGGAUCAAAAAGCCUUCAGUGUUGAACAUACAAGCUGCAAUGAGGAAGAAAAUUUUUCACAUAUGAAAAAGAAGACCAAAAUAGGCAUUCAUCACAAAAAUAGUCCUUCAAAAUUCACUGUUCCAGCCAGUGGAAAUACUGUAGAGUGUCCUCUUCAUGAAAACAUCUCUAAUUCAACGUCAUUUAAAGAUGAGAAAAUCAUGGAGACUGAUAGUGAACCAGAGGAAGGUGAAAUUACGGAUUCUCAGACCGAGGAUAGUUAUGACGAAGACAUUACCAGUGAAGGCAAUGUAACUGCCGAAGAUAGUGAGGAUGAAGAUGAAGACAAAAUUUGGCCCCCGUGUAUCAGAGUAAUUGUCAUCAGAUCACCUGUGUUGCAGACAGGAUCACUCUUUAUCAUUACUGCUGUAAACCCUGCUACAAUUGGAAGAGAAAAGGAUAUGGAACAUACUCUCCGAAUCCCUGAAGUUGGUGUCAGUAAGUUUCAUGCAGAAAUUCAUUUUGACCAUGACUUACAAAGUUAUGUGCUUGUGGAUCAAGGCAGUCAAAAUGGUACAAUUGUUAAUGGAAAACAGAUUCUUCAGCCAAAAACUAAAUGUGACCCUUAUGUACUUGAGCAUGGAGACGAAGUGAAAAUUGGAGAAACUGUUUUAUCCUUUCACAUUCACCCUGGCAGUGAUACCUGUGAUGGCUGUGAACCAGGGCAGGUUAGAGCCCACCUUCGCCUUGAUAAGAAAGAUGAAUCUUUUGUUGGUCCAACACUAAGUAAGGAGGAAAAAGAGUUGGAAAGAAGAAAAGAAUUAAAGAAAAUACGAGUAAAAUACGGUUUACAGAAUACAGAAUAUGAAGAUGAAAAGACAUUGAAGAAUCCAAAAUACAAAGAUAGAGCUGGAAAACGUAGGGAGCAGAUUGGAAGUGAAGGAACUUUCCAAAGAGAUGAUGCUCCUGCAUCUGUUCAUUCUGAAAUUACUGAUAGCAACAAAGGUCGGAAGAUGUUGGAGAAGAUGGGUUGGAAAAAAGGAGAGGGCCUGGGGAAGGAUGGUGCAGGAAUGAAAACUCCGGUAAGACUUGGAUUUUCUUUCAUUCAUUCAUUCCCAGAGCAGACAUUUACUGUGUACGUUAAUGUGCCAACCGUUGCCUUAAGUGCUAAGAAUAUAGUGGAAAGCAAAAACAGACAUGAUUACUGCCUUUGUGGCAUUCACAAUGGCCAAAUGUAUACACAUAACUUCGUUUUGUUUUUUGUGUUACAAUUUUCAAAAGCCUCUUUUUGAGUGUUUUUCCCACAUUAAAGCUAGGAUAAGACGUGCUAUUUCCUGAGCCAAAGGUUCUUCUGUGUUUUAGAGUUGUUUUUAAUAAUUGUCUUAUUGAGCCUGAUACUGAGCAUUCAAGAACAAUCACAGCGUUAGUGUACAAACAGGCAGAUUCUGUAUGAGCUGAAAAAUCGAUUAGGUUCAAGAAUCAGAGCAUGUAACAUGGAAUAUAGAGAAUAAUGUCUGGGAAAUGACAGAGUGGUUUACCUAGUAGUCCUGUGGUUCAUAGGAAGUUUGGUUAUCUUUCACACAAACCUUAAGAAGUAACCUGACUGAAGAACUUUCUGGAUAAUUACUUAGUACCUAAAGAAAUAAUAGAUGGAUCAAUGUGAGUAUAUGCCAGUUUUCUCAUUUUUAUUGAGGUACAGUGGAAAGAACAAGGGUUUUGUAGUCAGAUCUAGAUUAGAAUAUGUGCUCUAUCAUUUGUGAGCUCUGUGGCUUUGGGCAAGUUCAGACAUUAAUUUUCUUAUGAAAAAAUGGGGAUAAGAACUCUUUUUCAGGGUUGUGUUGAAGAUAAAGCCCCAAGCAUUGUACCUUACAUUAGGCAUUCAGUAAA